GUUAAGUUUCAAUACAAAUAAUAUAGUGUUCACAUACUACGUAAGGUCUUCACAUUAAGUUCAGUGGAAUAUAAAAUAUUUUAUCAAUAAAUAUGUCAUCAUCAGAACAAUCAAUGAUUGUGCAAUCAAAAUUUGUCUCAGGGGAGACUGUAAUAAUUGCAAUGGAAGCAUCAUUGACACAAGGUUGGGUCAAAGGUGCACGAAUUGUAGCUCUUCUUAACAAGGGAACCACUCAUGCAUUAGCUAUUUUAAUUACUUCAAGAACAUCUCCUCAAGUUUAUAGUGAUCUUACCAUAGAAAGAGUAUUGCCUAUUGAUCAAGAUUUUAAAUGCAAUAUAAAUACUGAUGAAAAGCAACAAGAUGGUUUAGAUGUUUAUCUCAGUGUCACAUCGAGAAAAUUACAUUUGGCAUUUGAAAUGAGACCUGGAGUUGCAACUAGCUCUUUGGUGUCUGAAAUAUUUAGAGCUAUAGAGGUAUAUCAAAAAACAAAGAAUUCAGCAUCAGAAUUUUUAUGGGUUCAGAAACUAACAGGAAAUAUACGUAAUUUAAAUUCUACUGCCAAUGAAGAAGUACAAGAUAAUACUGAUCCUUUGGUAGAUUUAGAAAGCCCAGUAUUAGACUUAACAAGACACAGUAUUGCUUCUGGAAAAUCUCCAGUUGCUGCCAGAGAAUCAGUAGUACGGUAUCAAAUGGCAUGCAAGGAGGAUGAUUAUACAUACAGUAAAACAUUUCGAAUAUUUAUUGCUACAUGGAAUGUAAAUGGCCAACCACCAAAUGGUAUUAAAUUAAACGAGUGUUUGAGUUAUGACAAAACACCUCCUGAUAUGUAUGCAAUUGGAUUUCAGGAAUUAGAUUUAACUAAAGAAGCAUUUCUUUUCAAUGACACUCCAAGAGAAGAAGAAUGGAGACAAGUGGUAGCAAAAUCUCUUCAUCCAGAGGGUGCUUAUGAACAAGUAGCUAUUGUAAGAUUAGUGGGUAUGAUGUUACUUAUAUAUGCUCUGCAGAAUCAUGUACCAUAUAUAAAAGAUGUAUCAGUUGAUACAGUAGGAACUGGAAUUAUGGGCAAAAUGGGAAAUAAAGGAGGAGUAGCAGUAAGCUGUUCUAUUCACAAUACAUCUAUUUGUUUCGUUAACGCUCAUUUAGCAGCACAUUGCGAAGAAUACGAAAGACGGAAUCAAGACUAUGCGGAUAUUUGUGCACGAUUAUCUUUUGCAAAAUAUGUUCCACCUAAAAAUUUUAAAGAUCACGACCAGAUCUAUUGGUUAGGAGAUCUAAAUUAUCGAAUAACCGAAAUGGAUGUUACAGUUGCUAAGCAACAUAUAGAUGCAGGAAACUAUGCUCCUGUCUUAGCUUUAGAUCAGUUAGGUCAACAGCGUCGUUUAGGACGUGUUUUACAAGGAUUUCAAGAAGCAGAAAUUACAUUCAAACCAACGUAUAAAUAUGAUCCAGGCACAGAUAAUUGGGAUUCGAGCGAAAAGGGCAGAGCACCAGCAUGGUGUGAUCGUAUACUAUGGAAAGGAGAAGCAAUCACAUCAGUAGAUUAUAGAAGCCAUAAUGAAUUGAAAAUUUCGGAUCAUAAACCAGUUAGUGCAAUUUUUGAUUCUCAGAUCAGAAUCAUAGAUAUGACAAAGUAUCGAAAAAUUCAUGAAGAAGUUAUGAAGAAACUUGAUAAAUUAGAAAACGAAUUUUUACCACAAGUAAUGGUUGAUACAACGGAAAUCAUAUUUGAUACUUUGAAAUUUCUUGAACCUAGCAGCAAAGAACUUAUAAUUGCUAACACUGGUCAGGUACCAGUUCAAUUUGAAUUUAUAAAAAAAUUGGGCGAUACAACUUAUUGUAAAGAUUGGUUAGAUAUCGAACCAUUUAAAGGUUUUAUAAAGCCAGGAGAGAAAUGUGAUACUAGAUUUGAAAUAUAUGUUGAUAAAAGAUCGGCGUGUAAAUUAAAUUCUGGAGAAGAUAAAUUAUACGAUAUUCUAAUAUUACAUCUUGAAGGAGGAAAGGAUAUAUUCAUAACUGUUACAGGUACUUAUGAAAGAAGUUGUUUUGGAUCUUCAAUGGAAGCUUUAGUUCACAUUCCAGUACCAAUCAGAGAAAUUCCUAUCGGUAGAUUAAUGGAACUCGAAAAUAAUAAAAAUCUUUCGCAAGAACCAUAUGCAAUACCGAAAGAAAUAUGGCUAUUAGUUGAUAGAUUAUAUCGACAUGGUAUAAAAACAACGGGGCUUUUUAAAACAUCCGGACUUCCGAGUGAAAUUAUAGCUAUAAGAGAUUGGUUAGACAAUUGGAGUCAAGAUCCAAUGCCUGGUAGCGUACAUUCAGUUGCAGAAGCGUUACUCUUACUUUUAGAAUCUACAGCUGAACCUUUAAUCCCAUACAAUCUGCACAGUGUGUGUGUAUCUGCAGCAACAAAUUAUUUACAGUGUAAACAGAUUGUGAUGCAACUUCCAGAAAUAAGGAGAACAGUUUUUGUUUACAUAUGUUAUUUUUUACAAGAAUUAUUAAAUUAUACCCAAGACAAUGAAUUGGAUGCCAAAACCCUCGCAACAAUAUUUGGAUCAAUUUUCUUAAGGGAUCCACCAAGAAGUAGAAGCGAUAGAAACCAACGAAGUCGUACUCAUGUUGUUCAAGCAACGAUUGACCGAAAGAAAGCAGCAUUUGUUUAUCACUUUUUAGUAAAUGAUCAAAGCGACUUUAUUCUUGGUCGAUAG